UUCUGGUCGCCUCUGCCAUUGCGGCAAACAUUGUCGCUCUUUCGGCACUUUUCCGCCCAAAGCGAGUUGUGGCCCCUCUGAGAUCUUCAAAGCAGCCUGAAUCGAAUCAGGGCAACACAGAGAUAUCUAUAUUUGUCGAGAUGGAUAUGAAAGAGGAUCCAAAUGAGAAAUUUAUCCCUGAUGGUAGCGACACCGACACGAGAUCUCGACCUGAUACCCCAGUUGACCUCGAAGCAGUGCAGGCAGCGCACCAGACACGUCCUCGUAGCCGGGCGGAUGCUGUCCCGGCGCUCGAUAUUAACAGUGCGAACUUAACUCCCUUCAUAAAAGUCCUCCAGAGGCUGUUUGUUUCUCUGGGACUCCACCUUUUCAUCAAGAGCUACCGGUUCGCUCUGAUGUGCGCCAUUCUUCUGGAGUGCCAUAUUGCCUACGUGGGGUUCCUCCUGUAUCUUGUUCCCCGUGCACAGAGUGUGGGUGUGGCGCCCUCUAACGCGGUCUUACUUCUCAGUAUGUUCGGCAUCGGGAGCUUGCUCGGUCGCUUAGGAAACGUACUGCUGGUGCGUUGGAAGACAUCAGCGGAGCAAGUGACCGCCAUCUCCAUGGUGAUCGCUGGUGCAUCCUUGCUCCUCCUGAACCUGGAGGGCUAUGCCAUUUUUGUUGUAGCUUCGUUUCUACACGGACUUUUAUCGGGGAUCUUUUUUACCGUUACGAUCGUCUUAAUCCAUCAGUUUGUCGGUGUGAACAAGUUGGCCGUUGGGUUUGGACUGAGUGUGGUAUUUCUAGGCAUUGGUGCUAUGACUGGACCAGUGUUUGCGGGUUGGAUCUUGGAUAUGACUGGUUCUAACUAUCAGACGGUCUUCUAUGUGCUCUGCGGCGUUUACUUCGUCUGCGGCGUACAGAUGACCCUUUUACCCUUCUUAAAGAGGGUGGAACCGGGCAGUGAUGUCCUGUACUGUAACAAACCAGUUGGCCUAUAGGAUUAGUGCUUCUGUAUUGGACUGGUGGGUGGUUCUUCAUAGGAAUA